AAAGUUCAUGUUACAAUCAGCGAAGCAUCUUGUAUUAUACUAACCAACUUGUUCCUGCUGAAAUGACAACACAUACCAAUGCCCACUAUCGGGAUAUAACCCGUGAGCAGUGCAAACAAAAUCCCUACGCCGCCUUGGUACCAGGCCAAACCAUUGUGGAGAUUCCUAAAUUCGAACUCGAAUGUGGUGAAACCCUACACAACUUCCCAGUUGCCUACAAAACUUGGGGGAGACUCAAUCACAAUAAAGACAAUGUCAUUGUGGUAUGUCAUGCCUUGACCGGUUCGUCGGACGUCCAGGACUGGUGGGGGCCUCUAUUAGGUACCGGUAAGACAUUUGAUCCGAGCCGAUUCUUUAUCAUCUGUGUGAAUUUCCUUGGGUCGCCCUACGGAUCAUGCUCUCCCUUGUCCAUAGACCGUGCCACCGGCAAGCCAUACGGGCCCUCGUUCCCGUUGGUAACGGUCAAAGAUGACCUUGGGAUCCAAAAGUUAAUCUUGGACUCGUUGGGAGUUAAAUCCAUAGCUGCCGUUAUCGGUGGAUCCAUGGGAGGAAUGAUGGCGUUAGAGUACUCGUCGACCUACAAGGGCCUGGGCUACGUGCGGGCAAUUGUGGCCAUUGCUACAUCUGCCAGGGCGUCUGCCUGGUGUAUUUCGUGGAAUGAGGCCCAACGCCAGUGUAUUUUCAGUGAUCCCGAGUACAACGACGGAUAUUACUACGAAAGCCCCAACGGGGUCAAGCCAGACUCGGGCUUGAGUGCCGCUAGAAUGGCGGCAUUGCUCACUUAUAGAUCCCGUAAUUCGUUUGAAACCAGGUUUGGUAGAAAACUACCUGGAGUCAAGAAUACUGCCGAAGCUGAACGGAUAUACCCCACGACCAAAGACGAAGAGAAUUGGUUGUUGCACAAUGAAGGUGCCAGACUGGUCAGAGCAGGUUCUCCCAACCAUUCCCUCAAUAACUCGGGAAAACUCCAGACAUACUUCACGGCACAGUCAUAUUUGAGGUACCAGGGAAGUAAAUUUGUCAACCGAUUCGAUGCUAAUUGCUACAUUUCCAUCACCCGAAAAGUUGAUACACAUGACAUAGCCAGAGGCCAAGUGCCUUUGGAUGAUAACAACGACGACCCAUUACCGGAGUAUCUUGCAACCUUGAAGUUACCUCAUUUGGUGAUUGGAAUUCAAUCUGAUGGUUUAUUUACGUUUGGAGAACAGCAGAUGUUGGACCAAUACUUACCCAAUUGUUCGUUAAAGAAGUUGAACUCGCCCGAGGGCCACGAUGCGUUUUUACUCGAUUUCGAGAUUGUUAACUCUUACUGUCAGGAGUUUUUGAAGAAACAGCUUCCGGAGUUAUAUGACGACAAUAGUGGAAAAGUCGUCCUCUUCGAAAAUUGGAAAGACUUUGUACAGCUGGUCGACAACGGGGGCAACUCUGUGUUUGGCGAAGCCGAAAAGGACAUCACCAACUGGUGAAAAGCACCAUUAGCUGGUGCAUUUUAUAUACUAUAUCCUAUCUAUUUAUCACAAUUACUGUA